AGUAGCUGACCUUUAAAGGCUAUAGGAAUCCAUUUCAACAUGGCGGUUGUGCGCUUCGAACUGGUUCUCCCGUUGUUCCUUAUCCUACAGACGGCGUCUGUUUGUAGAAGUGUCCCGGUAGUGACCGAUGUCCGGAUGUCCGCUGAGGGGAGCAUACGACACAUCACAGUGAGUUAUGAAGCGGAACACCAACCUAUCGUGCUGUGGAAAGUCGGAAGUUUUGUCAGCCAUUUUGACAACACAACCAAUAACUUCACUGGAUCGGAAGGGCAAGCAAUGCUUCAUUUGUUCAUGGAAGAUUAUGCAAUUAACAUCCAGACCUUCAUCUAUGGAGACAGCUACCAAAUAGAACUGAUAUUUAACAAGGAAGUCAUUCUAAACGGCUCAUUAGAACAAAACACCAUCAACCCUUUGGUGUUCAGAUCUCAGCCCGAUGGUCUCAUCACUUUUGACAAAGGCGAACUUGUUGACAUUGAUCUGUCUCUUGAGUCCGAGACUCUUGGGUCGGGGAAGGCGAAGUCACCAAGAUCCAUGACAUGA